CAGUAGGAAAACCUAUACAACGACUUCCAAGAUGAAGGUCCAAAUCUCUCUGUUUUUUGUGGUAGUCAUGUUCUUUGUGUCAGUUUGUAGUCAGUCUGAUGAUACUCCUCAAAUUUACUGUGGAAGGCGACUUGCUCAAACAAUGGCUAUGUUGUGUUAUCAGAAACCUUAUAAGAGAUCAGACUACAACUCCAUCCAUCUUGGCUACGAGCCCGAAUUCAGCUGGCCCUGGCUCUCCCGAGGUCUAGGGCACAUGCAAGACCGGGGCAUCGCCAUGGACAUGAACAGAGGCAAGAGGGGCAUCAUCGAGGAGUGCUGCCAGAAUUCCUGCUCCAUCCAGACACUGAUGAGUUACUGCUAACUUCACGGACCUGCGGCAUUGGUUGAUUGACUAUGGUUUUUUGAGUAGUGUUAAGCUUUAGAUUAAAUGCAUAAUGUUUGUUAUCUUUUAGCGUGUAUUUUGUAUCAUUUGAUAUUACCCGGACCAAGCUUGCAAAAUGUGUCUGUGUCAUUAAUGUUAAUUUUAUAUGAAAAAAUAUGUCAUAGGUAUAUAAAUGACACUCAUAUUUUGUUUUAUCAGUACAAUUUAAGUAGUUAACUAAUGGACGAGACAAAAAUAGUAAUGUUAAGUGCUAUUUUUGUUUUGCUUCAAAUAAAAAAUACAAUAAUGGAGGUACUGUAGGUAGGUAGAAACUUCUUGAGCUAACGGCGAGACGGCAAGAACAAAAAAUGUAAAACUUUACUAGAAAAUUAUAGCAUUUGUUAAGAAAAUUGAUGCAUUGUGACCAGAAAUGUUUCUAUUUUCGCUUCUCUUUUAUUUAGUAAAUAUUAAACUUGGAAGCAUUUGGUUUUGUUUUGAGGUAGGUGGACCAAAUAUGACGUAAAGUUUGUAACCUAGUUCUGUCUUAUCAUCAUGAGAUUUUAAGAUAAGUAAAAUAUUUGAUUCGAAGUGAAUUAAACUGAAAUAUUUAAUAAAUAGGAGAGAUCUGCUAGACUUAGCUUCAAUUUCAAAUGUAUUGUUAUAAAAUGUGUAUUUGUUUGCGUUGUUA